AUGGGCAGUGACAUUGAUGACAAAGGAAGUUGCUCGGUAAAGUUACCUCAACAAAAUGACAAUAAACUGAACACCGAUAAGACUUUCCCCAGUUAUGAAGAGUUCAAUGAUGUCAAAAUCACAGACAUUGUUGCAUAUGGAACAGUUAUUGAGGUCAAUGGAGUUAAUCACUCUCUCCAUGAUGUUCCGUUACCCAAGAAUUGUAUGCGUGUAUCCAUCGAUGAAGCAAUGCAAAAAUCAACAUGUUUGCUAGUUCUGAUUCCCAAUGAAUGUGAAACUAUUGGUGAUGCUGUUGGAACCCAUGUGGCUUGGCCAAAACACCUGCUAAUGCUACGACAAAAGAAGCGUCAAAUGAAGAAAAUGGCUCAUGUAGAAAAUAACCAGACUUUGUCAUCAAGUGUGCCAAGAUCAUUGCGCAUGGUGUAUUGUUAUUGUAAGUGUUCUCUUGAGAAUGGAAGGAAAUUGUCAAUUUUUUUAGAUCAUGAGGUAUUUCAAGAUGAUUAUGAACUGAACUUGCAUCUUGAGGACAUUAGUUCUUUGUAUCACUUGGAGCCAAUUUCAGGAAAUUGUGUGGUUGUUUACAUAUGUUUUGCCGAUCUCCUCCUCCCCUUUUCUCUUCGCGAUGUUGCCGACCACCGCUCGAAGGACGAUGGCCCCUCCCUGACGUCGAUUCUUGAGAGCCUCCGAGUGCCACCCGAGUGUCGCUUCUCGGAGCAACGCCGUCGUCUUCUUUGA